GAGCAAGGAGGGGCUUGGGUUUAGACAGAAGCUGGACUGUUGAGGUUUGUACUUACAGUAGGACUCCCCCAUAUGACUUGCUUUACUGCAUUUCAAGGUUCUAUCAUGGAUUGAUGUUGAAGACCAUUUACAUUGGUAAAUUGGAUAUACCCCUCAUUAUGUUAUAUGGAUGCUUGAGUUGAUAAUCCCUGUCAUGUGAACUACGUGCAAAUAAUCUGAUGGUCUAUAAUGUGGGCCUGGGCAUUACUUCCUGUUAUCCUGGCAGUAGGAGGUACAGCUGGUAUCUGGGCAGUGUAUGGAGUUGCAGUUUCCAAUGAAUCUGUUAAUCUGACUGCAGGAUUCCCAUACAUCAGCACAUGUGGUUCCUACUACCCCCAGAGCUGCUGGUUCUCACAGAUAUGCAAUGUGAGCAGUUUUCUGAUCAUAUGGAUUGUGGUGAUCCGCUAUCAGCAGGUGCGUGACCUGGGUUACCAGUGUCGCCGUACCAACCUGGCAGCCCUGGUUCUCGGCUUCAUAUCCUCUAUAGGGAUAUCUAUCCUUGGCAACUUCCAGCAGUCUGUGUCUUUGGGGAUACAUCUGUUUGGCGCUUUCCUGGCCUUCAUUGUGGGUCUGGUGUACUUCUGGGUGCAGCUGUGGCUCACUUAUAAGGCUGAACCGUCUCAGGACCGCCACUGGCUGGGACCACUACGCGCCGUCCUCUGCAGCCUCUGCACUGUGUUCCUUAUUGCCACCAUGUGUGAGUGGGCCCUGGUCAUGACCUUUUUCCUCCUCUUUGCCUCCUUUGCCGCCGAGUUCCGGCUCAUCGAAUGCCACCAGCUCACUGUGCACAAGCAAAUGCGGGAAAAGAUCACCAGAAGCUGGCUGAUGGCCAUGAACCCUGAGGGAUAGCCUGCAUUGUUUGAGCCAUCUCCUGGUAGCUCUGGAGUCAGGGACAUUGAACUGAGGGUAAACCCAGUACUGAUUAUAGGGCCACCAGGGGGUGGGAGGGAGGGCCCUUGAAAAGUCUGUAAUAUUUAUGUUAUUAUAUUUAUUAUAUAAUAGGACUGCCUAUGCAUAGGGCCCAGGAUCUUGUGCUACUCCCCUGUCUGGAGUGAUUGCUAAAGCACUACAUGAUUAUCAGUGCUGUUUUCAGAGUGAAUUAGGCAGUGCUAUGGACGUGAUAUUUCACUUGAUAAGGGGGCGCUGUGUAUGUUUGUGUUAUGUGUAGGACAUUGUUGGAAAGUGUUGUGGUGUCAUCACCUAGUGUCCGCAUUUUGUCUCCAGAAAUGCAUGCAGGCCUUUUAGAAAUACCUACACAAAGCUUUGUUUAUGGGUUAUUAAUUCAUUCAUAAUAAAAUAUUUCAAUCAAC